AUGUUACAUCUUGGAACAACAAGUGGAGUGCAAAGCUUAUUGCAUGACAUUACAAUUAUCGGAACAGACCCAUUUGAUAUUGUCAAUGAGAAGAUAACCUACAUUCUACAGUCAUCUUAUGACGAUUACGAUUAUGAUCCUUACGAUCAUAAUGAUGAUUCACAAUACAAUUACGAUCAUUAUAGCAAUGAUCAAGAUCAUUACGAUCAUUAUGAUGACACCGAUCAUUAUAGCGAUGAUCAAGAUAAUUACGACCAUAAUGAUGAUUCACAAGACGAUUACGAUCAUUAUAGCGAUGAUCAAAAUCAUUACGAUCAUUAUGAUGACACCGAUCAUUAUAGAGAUGAUCAAGAAGAUUACGACCAUAAUGAUGAUUCACAAGACGAUUACGAUCAUUAUAGCGAUGAUCAAGAUCAUUACGAUCAUUAUGGUGACACAGAUCAUUAUAGCGAUGAUCAAGAUGAAUACGACCAUAAUGAUGAUUCACAAGACGAUUACGAUCAUUAUAGCGAUGAUCAAAAUCAUUACGAUCAUUAUGAUGACACCGAUAAUUAUACCGAUGAUCAAGAUGAUUACGACCAUAAUGAUGAUUCACAAGACGAUUACGAUCAUUAUAGCGAUGAUCAAGAUCAUUACGAUCAUUAUGAUGACACCGAUCAUUAUAGUGAUGAUCAAGAUGAUUACGACCAUAAUGAUGAUUCACAAGACGAUUACGAUCAUUAUAGCGAUGAUCAAGAUCAUUACGAUCAUUAUGAUGACACCGAUCAUUAUAGCGAUGAUCAAGAUGAUUACGAUAAUUAUGAUGACACACAAGACGAUUACGAUCAUUAUAACGAUGAUCAAGAUGUUAGCGAUGAUCGAGAUUAUUACGACCAUUAUGAUGACUCACAAAACAGUUGCAACCGUUUUAUUGAUUAUUUCGACAAUAGACAGAGCGAUUGUGCUAAGUGUGAAGGAUCUGAUUCACAUGUUUUCGGAAAAAUAAGGGAUGACUGGCCCAGCUUUCACUAA